UUCCAACAUUGCUGAGGCCAAACCCAGGAGCGAUCUAAAGCAGCCUCUGAUGAAGCGAGGGACAGAAGCUCCACUCUUCACUUCUCUUCUCCCUCUCCACCUGGAUCUGCGCGUCUGACCGCAGGCCGCCUCCAUCAUCAGCUGACAACCCGCGUGUAUUUAUUUGCUUAUAAACCUGUUACAAUAAAUGAUCAUUCCAAGGGUUGCACGCGCACCUUCUCCACGAGCCUGCAAACCUCUUUUUUGAUGAAUGACAUUUUGGACUGGAUAGAGGAUGCACGGGUCAUUUUGAGCAGUCAUUCGUUGCACGCUUUGCCAUUCUGUACUCCUUUUUUUUCGCCUCGCUCAUAAAAAGGUGUUAUAUUAUUUAGAGACAGUUGCAGAGCUGAAUGCGGAUCAGCCCCGCCACAACUCAACGGAGCACUCGACUUGGAACUUUUGCUUUUUUCUACGAAUCUUCAUGAUGGAGAGGAUAAGAAAAGAGAUGAUUCUGAUGGAACGAGGGCUACACAGUCCUGUUGCCGGGAAGAGGCUCUCAAAUCUGUCGGAGUCGGCUGGAAACACGGUACUAGAGGCCCUGGAAAAUUCCCAGCACAGUGGUCGCCUGAGCCCGAGACUAACCUCCGCCUCACUGCACGGGAGUCUCGGGGAUAUCCCUACCAAAGGAAAAUUUGAAAUCGACAGUUUGUUCGCUCCACACCACAACGACAACACCUCAUCAGCGGAGAUCUCUUCCUCAGAAAACAGGAAGAAAAUGAGCCUAUAUCCAGAAGUUUCUCCAGACUCCGAUAUUAACAGUGAUGUUGAAGUAGGAUGUCCAUCGCAUCGCUCCCCGAGCAGCCAACACAAGGAAAACAAUAAAGGGUUUUCAGACAGUAAUUCUGGGACCUCCAACACAAGUUCCUCCUCUAUGUCCAAUAUGAACGGUAAUUCAAUGGGAAGCUCCAACAGUUCCAACUCGGACCAAGUGAGAAGGUACCGCACAGCAUUUACAAGGGAACAGAUCGGCAGACUGGAGAAGGAGUUUUACAGAGAAAAUUAUGUCUCAAGACCCAGAAGAUGUGAAUUGGCUGCAGCUUUGAAUUUACCCGAAACUACAAUUAAGGUAUGGUUCCAGAACAGGCGGAUGAAAGAUAAAAGGCAGCGUCUGGCAAUGUCGUGGCCACAUCCAGCAGAUCCCAGUUUCUACACCUAUAUGAUGACGCACGCGGCAGCCACCGGAAGUUUGCCAUACCCUUUCCAUUCCCACAUGCCUCUACACUACUAUCCGCAUGUUGGCGUCACAGCAGCAGCCGCGGCUGCCGCUGCCAGUGGGGCCGCCUCGUCACCUUUUGCUACCUCCAUCCGCCCUCUAGAUACUUUCCGUGCGCUCUCUCAUCCUUACUCGCGCCCAGAGCUGCUGUGUAGCUUCCGGCAUCCAGGACUGUACCAGUCACCUGCAGGCCUCAAUAGCUCAGCGGCAGCAUCAGCAGCGGCAGCAGCAGCAGCGGCGGCCGCGGCAGUCAGCGCGCCCUCGGCCACCGGGCCCUGCUCAUGUCUCAGUUGCCACAGCAGUCAAGCGGCCAGUGCCCUGGGCUCAAGAAGCGCCAGCUCUGACUUCACCUGCACUGCGGCCGGCCAGAGGUCCGAGAGCGGAUUUCUACCAUACUCUGCUGCGGUGCUGAGCAAAACCUCAGUUCCAUCGCCAGAUCAGAGAGAAGAGAGCUCUCUUAAUAGAUAACUCGCCACUGGAGGAAAAACAAACCCAAGGAGAA